AUGCCCACGCUGAGCAGCCUCACGGUGGCGGAGCAGGUCGCCGCGCUGCCGCCUCUGUCGCAACUUCUGGGUAUCGACCCACCAGAGGCGGCCAACCGCAAGAGCAAAGACCCUGGGAAGGGACCAGAAUGGCUGGUGUCGACUCGCACUGGUAUUUCUUGUGCCACGAAAACCUCGUCCCCCAAAAAACUGUCUGCGGUCACUCCUCAGCGUUCGCCUUUACAGGUACCGGCAGUCGCGAUCCCAACCAUCACCUCGCUUGCGGCUGUGGCGCAUCUUGAGGCGCCCGUGUGUUCAUCCAGCGCGCGCAAGGCAGAAGAGCUGCAAGCGGCGCCGUCCACACCGUUGACAGAUGAAUGCGUCGGCGGCUUGUGCGAGUGGCGCCGCGUCCGGCAGUCACUGCAGCUACCGAUCGCGUACCGCGCCGAGGAGGAUAUUCACCUUUCGCUGCGCCUGCUGCGCUCCCUCUCCCUAUUCGCACCUCUGCUGGACGACGAUUUGCUGACGCUGGCCGAGACAAUGGCGGUGAUGGAGGUGACGGGCGCAGGCAGGGUGCUCCUGCGCAAAGGUGCCGCUGGUCAUGCGGCUUACUUGUCAAGUAGCACGGGUGCCGCCGCUGAGGCGAUCGCAAAGACGCAUGCGGAUAGGCCGCCGCUGUCGCUGGAGGCGUUGCUGUUACCGCCGUUGCAGGAUGAGGAGGACGAGCAGGAGGGGUCGCCGCGAGUUUGUAUGAUGCCGGCAGCGCAACUCUUUCAGUGUUUCAGGGAGCAAAUGGGCCGCGGCGAGCCACCGUCGCUGCCAUCGGAGUGCACAGAAAGAGUGGUUGGCUCUAACAUGGACGGCACACUGCCGCCGAUCGCGGUGAAGACGACGACAAUGCGCAGCACCCAAAGCUCGCAGGGGCAGUCUCCGGGAGGGUUGACGAAAGCACCUGCCACUGGCAUCACUACGGCGCCGCUCUUCUUCCCGGAGGACGACACGCUCAACGGCGACGGAGCCUUUGCUUUAGUGCUUCUGGGCGGACACUGCCAUCUCGAGUGGCCUCGUGAGCGCGAUCUGAUGGAGGAUGCGGUGAAGACAUCGUUGUGGCAGAGCUACGAGCUUCAGCCGGGCGAUGCCAUGGGAUAUGCUCUGAUCUGGGGUGCCUUGCCACCUGAGGCGCAGUACGUGACGUCCGAGACGAGUACGCUGCUGAUAGUGAGUUCCGAGGGGCGACCACCCGAGGUGGCAGCGCGCUUGCGGCGCGUGUGCCGCCGCGCCAACGAGGCGGUGCUCCGCGCGCAGCGGCGAUUUCUCGCGCACGAGCUGCGCGUUCGUCUCUUCGACCCUGACGUCACCACCGGCACUGGUGUGGAUGACGCGCGGGAGGAGCAGGGGCCGCAAGGUGGUGUAGCUGCUACGGUGGCGGAGGCCGCCGUCCCGUCUAUCGCGUUACUUCUCGAUAAAGCGGCGCGGAACUUGAUUCCCAUUCGCGUCCCCACGCAGACGGUCUUGUUUCGCGAAGGUCUCACCCCAGUGACGGAGUGUGCCAUCUACUUUAUUCUCGACGGUGGCCUCGUCGUUGUCCGCCGCAUCUGGUCGCAGGACCAACAAAGACUUUUAUCCGAGCAGAUGCAACUCGUGCGCGCCUUGACGCCCGCCACGGGCAUCUGCCCACCAAUGUCGCCGCUGCCGGCGACGGACAGCAUGGAGGUGGCGCAGCUGCGGCGCGGUGACUACUGUGGCGAUCUGGCCUACCUCAACGAGGACCCCGACCACGUAGCCUCGAUGGACGCCGAAUGGACGGCAACGUACUGGCAGAGCAUGCUGGCUCAGCCUACUCUCCGUUCUAGCCAAGCUGGCAGAUGUGGCGACACGGGCGGACAGUUUUCUCGUGGUGUGACCGAUUAUGCUUGUGGUCGUGCCGCUAAGAGCUCCCUCUUCAGACGUCACAAGGCCACUGUGGUUGCCCAGCAAGCGUCGUCGCUCUAUGUACUGCUUCCGCGUGCCGCGGACGAAGCGUUGGUCGGUGUGGUGGAGCAACGCAUGCGCGACCACGUUCACCACGAUUACGCCGGCUACCGACAAAUCUUUGCCGAGUACGAGAAGCUGUACAAAUGGGCGCUCUACAAGGAGCGCGUGUUAUACGACGUCUCACAGAAGGCCCCGGUGAACUUCCGUUAG